CGCCGCCCUCAGCCUGUAACUUGUGUCAACACUAAGUUUACUCGUGUUUGUUUGAUGUCAGAUAUCAUCAGGUGUAUUUAAUUUUUAAUUUGAUGUUCACAGUAUUAGUAGCUGCCGAUUGUUUCAUUGGUCACCUGCGGGUACCGGUAUGAGAUCUUGUUAAAAUCACGCACUUGCUAAACACGACUUGACAAGCUUCCCAUGAUGUCGAUGAAUGCGAAUCGACGGAAAAGUCGUCAAAACUCUGGGCCAUCUGUCAGUAGAAAUAACAACAGAACUAGAGGUUAUGAGAAAAAUGUAGCAUUUGAUGGAAUUUACUCCAAUCCCAGAUUCUCUCAUCUUCUUGCCUCUCUCGUUGGUUGUGUUGUUCAGUUACAAGUGAAGAAUGGUGGGGUGUAUGAUGGUAUUCUCAAAACAAACAGUCCUAAGAUGGACGUGGUGUUAGAAAUGGCCCACAAACAUGAAGAGAGCAGUAACAACAACACCAAUAACACAACUCCCUCCAAGGAUAGACUGAUUGAAAAAGUCAUCUUCAACAUGUCAGACAUUCUCUCUAUCACCUCUGUGGAUGUCGACCUAGAUUAUGCUGUUAAAGAUACAUUUACAGACUCAGCAAUAAGCAAAUGCAAUAGUAAUCACUCGGAGGCCGAUUUGAAAGUGUUGCAGCCCUGGGAAGGGGGAGAAGGGGAAGAGCUGGGAGGGUUGGAGAGAGAGCCCGCUAAUGGAUGGGAUCCAAAUGAAAUGUUUAGAACAAAUGAAGAAAAAUUCAAUGUACAGUCAAAAUAUGACGAUAGCUUAACACAGUAUACGACCCCUCUGGAGAAGAGAGAUACAAAGGAAUUCCGUAGUCGUGAAGAAGAGGCUGAACGACUAGCCAAUGAAAUCGAGAAGAGUGAGCAGUACAAGCAGCACAUCUCAUUAGAGAAUGGGGAUGGUGACGAAGAGGAAAAGUUUAGUGCUGUCAAACGGACAAAUGAAAACAAUACUAAUAUGCUGAGUUCUGGAAACUCUGGAAAGUACAUCCCCCCAAACAAACGCUCGGGAAUGCAGGGGAACAGGGGUCGAGGGGGAUACUCGUCGAACCAGCGACCUCAGAAUUCGAUUCCACCACGGUUACAACAUCUUCAUCAAAAUCAUCCACACAACUUCCAUCCGAAUCCGAAUCACGCCUCCCCUCCCCACCACCACCACCACCCCCCUCAUCAUCAGACCUCCACCGAGGAGCCAAGACUCAACGGCAUGGCCGACAAAGAUGAAAGAGACAGGAGGUCAGAGGAGAGGAAAGCAGAGGACCGUGUGGAGAGGGACAAACGACAGGAGGAGCGACGUCCUGAAGAAAAGAGAAGUGAUAUAGACACUAAUGUGAAAUCUAGUCUAAAACAAGAACCGGUGACUCCACAUGUAGCCCCUGAGAAACCCGAUCCUGUCCCCCACACGUCUCCCGUACCCCUAAAGCCAGACAGGAGGAGCUCAGCUCACAAAAAUCGUGCAGAAGUUCUAAAUGACCUGAAAGAUUUUAAGAAAAAUUUUAAAGUCAGUUUUGAUGGAAAGAAAGAUGAUCAUAAAGAGACAGUAGAAACAAAGUCAGAAGACAGUGUUGUACAUGAGGCCCCUGCUGCUGCCGCUGUCUCUAAAAUCCCGCUGCCCCAGGAAGCUCUCGCCACUGAAAAUAAGUCAGCUGAUCCCCAGAGUGCACCAGAGAAGGAUGACAUUACAAAAAGAUCAACCCUAAAUCCUUUGGCAAAAGAAUUUGUGAUGGGAAAGGGAAGAGAACAGCAGGUGCCUACUCCUCCCCAGAGGCCUCAGACCCAGAGUCCAGUGAACCCGGGCAUGAUGCAGCAGAUCUCCCAGCCUAUGCCUCACCCUUACAUGCCAACCUACACUGUAAUGCCUCCCACAGUGGUCAACCAGGCCCCUCAGCCUUCCCCGCAAAACUUCAAGACAGUCAAAAGAGCUGUUGUAUCUGUUGGUCCCCGGAAUGAUCUGACUGCUGCCCAGGCUGCUACUGGACAGCCUCUAUUUAACCAAGCCACAGUACAGGCCCAGCAACCCUACAUCCCAUACUUCCCUAACUAUCAGGCGGUGAUGCCUAUGCCAGCAGCCACGGGGAGAAUGGUAACGCCAACAUCUAUGCCUAUGGUGCCUACUUCACAUGGUGCUCAGUCCAGUCAAUCACACCAACAUUCAACAAUAUUUAUGCCUGGUCAAGCUCAACCAAUGCCAGCUCACCUUCCAGCUACUCAGUUUCCGUUCCCAGCCCACAUGCCCAUGGCAACAAACAACAUGGGCAGCCAAGCUAAUCAACAAGGAGGACAGCCUCAACCUAUAACACACCCAGCACCUAGUCCUGUACAACAGCAUGGAAACUCUCAAUCACAUCAACAGGGGCGGCCACCAAACUCGGGCACCCCCCAGCCAGCAGGAGGACCUUACCCACACAUGGCCCCCACAAACAUCCAGGGACAUCCGCCGCUGAUCCCGAGCCCACAGAACCAGUCUCCACAAACCAUGCACAAUCCAGGCUAUCCCUAUGUCUCCCAGCACCACAUCUUCCAGCAGGGCACCACGGGCCAGCAUUACACACAGCAACACAUGCCCACCGGUGGCAACCAGUCAAUGCAUGCCGGGCCCUCCUCUCAGCUGGGCCACGGGGCACAGAUUGUGGUCAUGCCCAACCCCCAGCCUGGGCAAGUGCAGCCUCAUCACGCGCACAACCAACAGUUUCAACAACACAUGGGAGGUCCCAAUCAACAACACAUGAUGCAACCAACAGGAAUGCCUGCAGGGUUUCAAGGAUCUAAUCCUUCUACUAAUGUUGUCCACCAGUUUGUUCCACAAGUUGCGAGUGGUCCUCCACCCGUGGCGACAGUGCCACCAUAUCAACAAAACCAUUAAAAAUGGAGAAUUUUAGAAAAAUAAGAUACUUCUGUUUUCCUCUCUUCUGAUUUCUAAACUCAAGGCCAAAAAAGUAAUUGUGCCAGCUCUUAAAAGAGGACCUGAUAAAUUUAAAAAGAGAUUUUUGACAUGUUCCCCGAGAAGUGUUCACAGUUUCCAGCUUAGAUAGUGUGUGAAAGUGUGAGAGAGAGAAGUUACAAGACGCAUAUAAUGUGAUAUCAGUUCUUAAAAAGUGUUUGCAGGACAGCAAACUGAUUUUAUUACUAAAGAACAGCCCAAGUUGACUUUUUGUAGAAUAAAAGUUAAAAAAAAAACACUAAAAAUAAAAAAAAAAACUACUGAAA